AUGAUGUUCUCGAAGAGUGGUCAAAGUAAAUGUAAUUCAUCUGAAUGUAAUCAAAUCCUGUCAAUUGCUGAUGGUACGUCCUUUGGUUAUUGUUUUGGCUAUUGUACAAAUAACGUAACAAUAACAUCAUCGAAAUUAAUUGGUUAUAAUGAGAGUCGUCAAAUAUCUCAAUAUUCCCCUUUGAAAAAAGAAUUUGAUUAUCCAUUGAAUAACUGGAAGGUUUUACUUGGUUUAGUUAAUAUUAAAAAAUUUAUAUCAACCAAUAAUACACUUGGAUGUCCCGAUUGUGCUGAUGGUGGGGCGGAAUAUAUUGAAAUUCAAUUUUUAAAAUGUACAAAAAGGGUCACAUUUGAAUAUGGUAGAACUAUACCGGAUUUAGAUGCACUGGUUAAGAAAUUAAGAAAUAUAAGAAUAGGAUACUUAAAAAAACUUCGAGAUGUGUAUUAA